GUGUCUGUCAAACGCCGUUUUGACAACAACUGAAGAACGCUUCUUUAAGCCUUCUUGGUGCGUCGUGGAAAAUAUUUUUUUUUCAUUUUAUUUCACUGGAAAAUGUUUAAAAAUGUCGAAAAAUAGAGCUCAGUACGACAUGAACGAAGGCGACGGCCUUAUGCCGCUUAUCCAAGCGCUGAUCAAACCUCCGGAGUCGGGAGAAGCUUCGAAGCCACCGGGGAAAAAACCGCAUCAUCCUUACUAUCGGAAACCUGGACGCGGCCACAACAAUGACACUUGUGACGCAUGUGGCGAGGGAGGUGAUCUGAUUUGCUGCGACCGCUGUCCUUCGAGUUUUCAUUUAGGAUGCCAUGAUCCUCCGUUGUCGGAGCAAGACAUUCCCAACGGUUUGUGGAUUUGUCACACUUGCAAGAUGACUGACCAGGGGUCCGCGACGCAAGAAACCCGUCCGGAUGCUGCGAUGGCUGAGUCGUCUCAAAUCUCUAAAAUUAAAAAGAUGCGCAACCGCAGUAAUUCACGCAAGAAUUCGGCAAACAGUGCUGGUGGUGCUGAAAAAGGGACGAUCGUCGACGAACGUGUGGAGAAGGAGCUUGAGGACUUGUCCAGCUUGUCACCGUUGGACCAGUUGAUCCGGGCGGCACGCAUUUUGAACCCACGCCAGUUCGAGUUGCCACGCGAGAUAAAUUCACAUUUUCCGUUCCCCGGAACCGAAAAGCAUGAUUCGGGUCAAAAGAACGGUAACGGUAAACGGGGACCGAGGCGUAAAGUGUAUGAGCUUGACGGGUACGGGUUGGUUCCACUUCCAGCUAAAACGUGUCACACCUGCGGGAAGUCCUGCCGCAGGGCGCCGCUGAUCGCGUGCGAUUAUUGCGACUUGUUCUUCCACCAGGAUUGUCUCGACCCGCCGCUGACUGCGCUGCCGACCUCAAUGUGGAUGUGCCCGAACCAUGUGGAGCAGUUUAUCGAUUGGAAGCUGGUCAACUCGGUCUCGGCCUCGGAAAGAAUGAAAUUAUGGAAUCACUUCAACGCCAACAUUGAUCAGGAUACUGUCAAGAAUGAGUUUUUUCGCAAGGUUCAUCGUCGAAAUCCACCGUUCCGCGUCAAGCAACGUCUGCGCGUCCGCGAUCGUAUUGAGAUUCCACCAAUGAUCGAAUAUCAUUACCAGAAUCCGCCAGAUUUAUUGCCAUCAUUGCGCGAGCUCCUGCGCGCCAAAAAUUCAAUCGUUUUAUGGACCCAGCCAAGCCUGUUUAUGACAACACGCAAAUUCUGGAUAUGAUACACGGAAUUGAAGGCCAUCAGCGGAGCGGACGAAAAACUGAACCAAGCAGAAGCGGAGUGCGUACACGACGAGAGUGUCGGUGAAACGACGAAGGAAACGGAUCCUGUGAGCGAGGAUGUACAGGGACCGAAGUGCAAGUCCAGUCCACGUGGUAAGAAACAUAAGGCUUCUCCGAAGAAAUCUCCUUCGGCCAAGGCGACCGACGCGGCUGAGGAUGAAACGGCCUCGGCUGCAAAAGAUGCCGAUGCAACGGAGGAGGUCGGGUCAAAAAAGCCCAAGAUUGAAGUUGUGGACGAAGUUAGCAAGGAUGGAGUAGAGCUGGAGAAAAUCAACGAAGAGCUCAAGUCGUACGAUGAUUCUUUUAUCAAAUUGCUUGCAUUUCAAAGAUUGCAGCAAAUUUUGACGCAACGGAGCGAAACGUCCGCCAAAGUUCCGGAAAAGGUUAUCAUUGAAACGAUCAAAUCGGAAGAACCUGUCAAAACGAUUCCGUUGCCUAGCCAGCUGCUCACAAAAGACGAUAUCGAGCGCAUUGCACGAGAGUUUACCAGUCGAAACGAGACUACACAUUGAUUACCAUAGCAGCCAAAUCAAUUCACCAACAGUUUUACCCCACCAAUGAAGGUGGAGCAACCAAAACCGAACGAAGACGAUCCAAGGGCAGCUGUAGAGAAGGUUCAAAAUAAGGUUGUGGAGUUGACGAAAAGUCUCGAGAUGGGACAAACCAACAACAACCUCAUCCGGAUCAGGGCCGUUCUGACUCCGGUGGACGUCGAGCUUCCCGGAUGCAGCUGGUUCGAUGCGCCCGAUUUGUCUCGUUCCAUUUACAUGCGCUACAGAUCGUUCUCGGUUGGCAGUGGGCAAGGAAAUGACUUACAACUGUCUCAAUACGGCUCGUGCCAAUUUAUCUCUGAGAAACAUGCUACCAUCUUUUACGACGAGGUUACGAAAAUGUUUGAGCUUUUAAACUACUCCGAGCACGGAACAACGGUCAAUGGGCAACUUUUUUCUUGCGAUUUCACUACGCCAACAAACGAUGGGCCUGGCAUCACCGAAGCUAUCGUAGCUCCGGCCAAGAAAACCAGAAAAGAAGAUCAAGACGAUGGCAAGGACAAAAAGCUGGACAAAGCAAAAUUGCGAAAGGAAAUCAUGGACAAAAUCGACCUGUCUAGACAUUGCACGCGGAAAAAUAAAGAUUUUAUUUCCUCGACUAGCAUGACGAACGUAGUAAAACCCGAGUGUGGUUGUGCGACAAAGCCGAAGGUCAGCGGCUGGGAAGGAACGGCGAUUCUUUAUCAAGGAUCUUUCCUGAAGUUUGGAUGUCUCUCCUUCCUGUUUACCAUCACGGACUACGAUAACGGUUCCGGGGAGUUUGACGAUACUGACGAAUCAUCGGAUGAAGAUCAUUGAGUGACUAUAUUCGUUUAAUUUACUACUAACCAGUAACGAAUCUGCUUACAGUUCAUUAAUAUUUCAUAAUACAGUCGUAAAAAGUGUA